AUGGAGGAGUUAUCAAAAAACCAGAUUUUCGCUGUUCACGGGAUUGCCGGUGCUGGGUCAAUAGCUUUAGCCACAGCUUUCACCUAUCCUCUUGAUACAAUCAAAGUCCUCAUUCAGGUUGGUUCUAGUGCUGGUAAAGAAUUGAAUGCUAACCAGGUUGUUACAAGGGUAAUCUCUGUGUCUGGUAAUGCAGGUAUGUUCGCCGGACUUGGUUGGUUGGCAUUUGGGAGGGUUUUUGGUCUAGGAGCACGGUUUGGGGUUUAUGAAAUCUUGACAGCCGUUUGUAAAGAUGGUCGGGAAGAUAAUUAUGUCACUGCUUCUGAGGCUCUUUUGGCUGGCAUGGUUGCCGGUGCCACAGAGACAUUUAUAAGCUCUCCAUUUGAACUCAUUAAGCUUCGUGUCCAGGUUGCCUCCGCUUCAUAUGUUACUAGCUCUAACUUUGCUUUGGAAGAGGGAGCUCGCAAACCGCUAAUUGCAAGAUUGCUCAAUGGCUGCUAUCCAGACAAGAAGUCUUUGAAUCAAUAUGUUGGUCUCAUGUCAACCCUAACAACCAAGAACACCAACAUAACAGGUGCUUUACUUGAGCAUCCAUGGGCAAUGACAGGAUCUGGGAGGCCACCAUCAGUUUGCAAUGUGAAAAGGCCAUCAGAUAUUAUAUCUUUGGAAGGAUGGAGCACAUUAUGGAGAGGUCUCCGUUCUGGAAUAGUUCGAGAUUCUGUCUUUGGUGGUGUAUUUUUUUCAAGUUGGCAAUUUUUGCACCAAGCAAUGCUUGAUUGGAAGGCUGUAGGAAUGAAUCCUCCACCCAGGUUAAAUGAAGAAGUUGGUCAGUUGUCUCCUUGGGCCGUCAGUCUUGCUGCUGGAUUUUCUGGUUCAGUUGCUGCCGCUGCUUCUCAUGGUUUUGAUACUGCUAGAAGUAGAUCACAAUGUACUGUGCUUCCAAAGUAUGUGUCAAUGGAGAGAAAGCUACUAAAAUGGAAACGACCAGGAAACAAAUUUGAAAGAUUUACUGGAAUCCAUCCUUCUGACAGAAGUGUCUUGUUCCGUGGCCUCGGGUUGCGGAUGGCCCGCUCUGGUAUUGCAUCGUUCAUGAUUGUAGGAAGUUAUUUAUUCGCUGUUGAUCAUCUUGCCUCUAGUUUGACGUAG